AUGGUCCAUAUUGAGGAGCCCGUUCACGAUCCGCUGUCCACACCAACUGAAGCGCUGUCGUCACUUUUGGAUACAUUCUCGUCACCGAUUUCUGACAACAGUGGCGGUUUCUCAAUUGGUCAUCUCACUGGAUCUCCAUACAAACAAAUGGCAAGCUCGAAUCGAUUUGCCCAGCCUAGUCGUAGGGCAUUUGGUAUAAUGUCGUCCCACUAUGAAGCCAGUAAUUCACCUGGCGCUCCAGGAACGCCUAUAAAUGGCUCUUCCAUGGCAUCGGUCAAUAUGAAUCACCUUGUUGGCGUAGUUACUUUACCACAGCAUGCUCCACCACCGAAGAAUCCUAAGCUGUACAAAACGGAGUUGUGCCGUUCGUGGAUGGACCAUGGUCGUUGUAAUUACGGGGAAAGAUGUCAAUACGCUCACGGUGAACAAGAAAAACGUCCGAUUCCGCGUCAUCCAAAGUACAAAACCGAAGCGUGCCAAUCCUAUCAUCAGUCCGGUUAUUGCCCAUAUGGUCCACGAUGUCAUUUCAUCCACAGCGAGACGGAUCUUCUUCUCGCGAAUCUUCCGAAUCCGCCAUCGUCGUGUGCACCGUCGAUACGCUCCAAUCACAACACGUUUGCUCCGAUGGCCUGCUCACAGCAACUGUCGUCGUCGUCGUACGGAGCCCCGAUGAGUCGGUCAUUAGGUGGAACACAAGCGAAUGCGCUAUUAGGCAGCCCUAUGCUUCAACGCCUGUCGUCAUUGCCUAGCUAUGGCAGUACUGGUGAAUCAAUGGCUGGUAGUAGCAGUUCUGCUGAUAGCGGAUCAGAAUCACCAAACGGGAGCUUUUCACCGGGACUCGAUCUGGACGAUGGAGGUUCAUUCGGCACAGGGUUUAUGGCACCGCUUCCGGCCAAUCAACGAAGCAUGGCUGAGCAGUUGCCUAACUCGAUGAAUUACGACUUGAGUCGGUAA